UAAAUAAAAGCGGAGGCUGGCUUCGAGUUAGAGCAACUUCUAAGCAGCAGAAGAAAUUAACUAGUAAAUUCCUUGAGGUGUGUUUGUUAAGAGAAAAAAUUAAGAAAUUAUUAAAAUGGACGUUCAUAUUCGGUCUCUGAUGAUGGCGAGCUUAAUGAUGAUGAUGAUGAUGAUGAUGAUGAUAUUUGCAUAUGCCGACGAGGGAACUGCCACUUUCUAUGAUCCCCCUUAUACUCCGUCGGCGUGCUUUGGCAACCAGGACAACGGAAAGAUGAUUGCAGGAGCAAGCGAUGGCAUAUGGGAAAAUAGGGGUGCGUGUGGAAGAAAUUACAAAGUAAAAUGCAGUGGAGCUGCCAAUACUGAGCCCCAUCCAUGCCAGGGCACUAACACCAUAACUGUUAAAAUUGUUGAUUAUUGCACCGCAUGCAAUGGAACCAUCAAUCUUUCUCGAGAUGCAUUCUCCAUGAUCGCUAAGCUCCAAGCCGGCAAGAUCAAAAUUCAUUUUGACCGGGCCUAAAGUGGUACUUGAUUAAACGGCUUAGGGAAGGCUAGCUAGGCGAAGUCCGCAGAUGGAAUAGAAAUAAAAGAAAUAUUUCAUGGAAAUUUUUAUAUUUCCUGAAAAGAAUAAAUAAUGCUAAAGUGAUAUACUGUAUUGCAACAGUGUUAUAAUGUACGUACUCACUGAAGGAGAAAAAGAAAAGAAAUAAAUUCUGUAAUGUAUCAGUUAAUGAAAUAAAAAGAGAACCUUAUACA